AUGUUGUCACCUAUUGCCUUCUAUUCACCCAUAGCAAUUGCCACAGAAGAUGAAGAAAAAGCACGAAAGGCAAAAAUGUCGAUCAUCAUUGAGCGAUAUAAGGACAGAGUCUCGGUCCUUCAUAAGCACAAGACAUGGAACAACACUCAUGUGUACAAGUAUGAGGGUUUUUGGUAUCACCGAGGCUUUUGGUAUCAAUCGAAUGCCAGCUUCUCUAUUGAAGCGGUUAUGGCAUCCCAAGAUGGUUUCCAAGCUCAACCAACCGAUGUUUUCUUGGCAAGUCAUCCAAAAUCCGGCACAACAUGGCUAAAGGCCCUUGCCUUUGCUAUUGCAAACAGAACAAAGUUUAAUUUUGGUCCAAACCACCCAUUGCGUACCAUUUGCCCACAUGAUUGUGUCCCUUUCAUUGAGUCUGAGGCGUUCUUAAACAACCCUUCCUACGCCAAUGGCCUCAUGGCCACUCAUAUUCCUUAUACUUCUUUGCCCAAAUCCAUCAUUAGUUGUGGUUGUCGGAUUGUUUAUAUAUGUAGAGAUCCUAAAGAUGUGCUCAUUUCUUCUUGGCACUUUAUGAACAAGUUGAUAGGCAACGAAUCUACUCCAAUAAAACUGGAAGAUGCAUUUGAGUAUUUUAGUAAAGGUAUUAUUACAAAUGGAUCUUUUUGGGAUAAUGUGGUAGGAUAUCGGAAGGCUAGUCUUGAAAGACGUGGUCGACCAGACACGGUGUUGUUCUUGGUCUACGAGGAAAUGAAAAAGGAUCCAAAGAAUGAGGUAAAGAAAUUGGCCAAGUUCAUAGGUCACCCUUUUACAAAAGAGGAGGAAGCUAAACGAGUCGUGGAAGAAAUAAUAGAGCUAUGUAGUUUUGAGAAGCUAAGCAAUGCGAGUACUAAUGCAAACGAUGAAAGGGAGGACACACUAUCGAAUGAAAUAUUCUUUAGAAAAGGCAUAGUUGGAGAUUCAGUCAAUCAUCUUACGCCUGAAAUGAUCCAGAUUUUGGAUAGAAUAACUAGACAAAAAUAUGAAGGUUUAGAUAUCCCAAUUUAA